AUGGGGCGAGGAAAUGGUGGAGUACAGCCUGACCUUGUGGUGGCGACAACGACGACGUCGACACUUCGGCCGAUCGUCAUCGACGGGUCGAACAUUGCGAUGACGCACGGACGAAAAGAAAUGUUCUCCUGUGCGGGAAUUCGUGAUUGCGUACGAUUUUUCACAGAUCGAGGUCACGAUGACGUGCUCGUGUUCAUCCCACAAUUCAGGCGAGAAACGGCUAGAGCAGACUGCCCCAUCACUGACCAGCAUAUUUUGGACGAGCUGGACGCCGAGCGGCGAAUCGUCUGGACACCUUCACGACGCAUAAAUGGCCGCCGAAUCGUCUGCCAUGACGACCUGUACAUACUCAAAACAGCAGAAGAAAAAGAUGCCGUAGUUGUGUCGAACGACGCCUACAGAGAUCUGCUUCGAGAACACCCUCAAUAUCGCCGAAUUGUAGAGCAGCGUCUGCUCAUGUACAGCUUUGUGGAUGGGAAGUAA